AUGGAGGGCGCUGCUGGAAGCAUGCCGCUUGCGGCGCUGCCUAAGGAUGUCCUGCGCAUCAUCCUGAAGAAGCUCAGUCUGGAGGACCGCUUGCGCGUGGAGCUGGUUGACAAGAGCCACCGAGACAUGAUGAGGGAUCGGGAGCUCUGGCAGGAGCUGAACCUUGGCGCCAUGCAGGCACUGAGCAUCACAGAAGGCCAGCUACUUCGCCUGUUGGGAAGGAUUGAUGCUGGAUUUGAGCAGAUCUUCCCGGAGCUAGAGAGCAUGGCAGGCACACUGAAAGACAUAGCCGAGGAGUCUUUGAAACACAUCCGCGGCCCGCUUGUGCAGAAUUUGGAUUCAUUCAGGCUGGAUGUGUCCUACUUUGGAGCAGACAUGGUUUCUGCUGGCGCGCGCUACUUCUCUCGGCUCCGUCAAUUGGUCCCUGAGGCCUGGGGUCCAUGCAGACUGGUCGUGGAGACUUGCACAGCCUGGUUCGCCGACCAAGUGGACCGCCUGUUUGUGAACAUGCUGGUUUCUGGUCAGUACAUUCGGAGGACCAACUUCCUCAAAGGAUUCAACCCUGAGGGGCUGGAGGGGACGGCGAUCGACCCUGAAUUUGAUCCUAUGCGGUUAUUUGCUGUGACCCUCUACAAAAACUCCCGCUUCUGUGACAUCACCACUGCAUCAAAGACCGUCUCCCGUGAUUUAGAGGAGAAGGUCUGGAGGCUUGUCGAGCGCAGACUCGAAAUUGCAAAGGCAGCAGGCGUGCCAUCUGAGUUCCGCAAGGGCUGCUUGAAACCCAGGAUUGUAGCCUCGACCGUGGUCUUUGAGAACAUGGCAAUCCAUGCGGAGAGCAAGCUCUUCGAAGAGAUCCGGGACUUCCUGAACGAGUCACCCUCCAAGCUGCGCCUCGUGUUCCGUCACUGCCUUCUCCUUCCGGCCGAGUUCCGCUCCCUGUGCACGCUGUUAGGGGAAUGCGGAGCAGGGUUCGUUUCCUUUCAGCAGUUCGCUUUCCCGUUAGGCAGACUGUGCAACCCCCAAACCGAAGACGCCGUUUUGAGUUCAGUGGCCCUUCAGAAGAGCGGGAACCUUCAGAGCCUGGAGCUCGACUGUCCGCUCGUGGUGGCAGACCUGGAUUCCGCCGCCCAGUUCCUGGACCGGAGCGAGAGUGCCGCCAGGCUCGUGAUCCAUCUGCGAACGGAAUUCUUCUCAACGGGCGCGGAAACAACGCAGCUGUUCUUCAAGAAGCUCCAGGAGCUGUGCGCGUCCGAGCGGGGUGCCCGGGUGACGGUUGUGCAGCACCGGCGGGGUGCGCGCGCGAGCGAGACGGUCGAGAGCGCGCGCGCGGGGAGCAGCGACGCAUUCUCGCCCAUCCAGGACGAGAUCAGCACGGUCGUCUGGUACGAGAAGCUGCUGACUUGCGUGGAUAAAGUCCUGUAUGUAUACACCGCGGUGGAUCUUGUCCUGGCCCUGGCGUUCCUCUUCGGGGUCAAGCUGUUCGGCUAUCGGCUGCAGCCGACGAACUUGGCGACCGGUUUGUCGGGUUCGUGGGGCGUCUGGCAUCUGUGGCGCCCUGUGCGGGCCACGAUUCAGGGGAGGCGGGACUGGGUCGGAAUCGCAGGAGGUCUCUUUCUCUCCGGACUUCUUCCGAUCUCUCCACUUGUGAUUGCGUUCAAGGCCUUUUGGGCGUACAUAGCAAUCUUCCUCGUGCGCACGGUCCUGUGGCAGGUCGGCAGGGCAAUUAUUAGAGCAUUUGCUUCGUAG